UAGUAUCUUCUGGAAGCUUCUGAAUGGGAGCUUCGAGAAACCACCCCUGUAGUAUAAAAAGACACCGGCAUGACGUGGGGUCUGCAUAGAGUCACUUGAACACACAGAGAGAGACUUACUGCCUAAAGGACAAGCAGCAAGACACGCACUUGGAACUCUUUGAGAAGAGAAGACAAGCUCAGUGAUACAUUUGACGACUAUCAAGAAGCGACUGUAGGAAAAGAUUUUAUUCAAGAUGCCUGCUUCUGGAAACGUUAUGGAGGAGGACGUGGAGACUUUUGCCUUCCAGGCUGAGAUUGCUCAGCUUAUGUCCCUGAUCAUCAACACUUUCUACUCCAACAAAGAGAUCUUCCUUAGAGAGCUCAUCUCCAACUCUUCAGAUGCCUUGGACAAAAUCCGAUAUGAAAGCUUGACCGACCCCAGCAGACUUGAGUCCUGCAAGGAGAUGAAGAUCGAAGUCAGGCCCGACCUGCACGCUCGCACCCUGACCCUGAUUGACACAGGUAUCGGCAUGACCAAGGCCGACCUGAUCAACAAUCUGGGCACAAUCGCCAAGUCUGGCACUAAGGCUUUCAUGGAGGCCCUGCAGGCUGGAGCCGACAUUUCCAUGAUCGGUCAGUUCGGCGUGGGUUUCUACUCUGCCUACCUGGUGGCUGAGAAGGUGACAGUCAUUACCAAGCACAAUGAUGAUGAGCAGUACAUUUGGGAGUCUGCAGCUGGUGGCUCAUUCACAGUCAAACCAGACCAUGGAGAGCCCAUUGGCAGAGGCACCAAAGUGAUCCUUCACCUCAAAGAAGAUCAGACUGAGUACUGUGAGGAGAAACGCAUCAAGGAAGUUGUCAAGAAGCACUCACAGUUCAUUGGCUACCCUAUUACACUUUAUGUGGAGAAGACCAGGGAGAAGGAGGUGGACCUUGAGGCGGGAGAGAAGGAAGAAGAAGUUGAGAAAGAUGCCGCUGAGGACAAGGACAAACCCAAGAUUGAGGAUGUGGGCUCCGAUGAGGAUGAAGACACAAAGGACGGCAAGAACAAGAGGAAGAAGAAGGUCAAGGAAAAGUACAUCGAUGCCCAGGAGCUGAACAAGACCAAGCCAAUCUGGACCCGUAACCCUGAUGACAUCACCAAUGAAGAGUACGGAGAGUUCUACAAGAGUCUCACCAACGAUUGGGAGGACCACCUCGCAGUCAAGCAUUUCUCAGUGGAGGGUCAGCUGGAGUUCCGUGCCUUGCUCUUCGUACCCAGGAGGGCUGCAUUCGACCUCUUUGAGAACAAGAAGAAGAAGAACAACAUCAAGCUGUACGUGCGCAGGGUCUUCAUCAUGGACAACUGCGAUGAGCUCAUCCCCGAGUAUCUCAAUUUCAUCAAGGGUGUGGUGGACUCUGAGGAUCUGCCCCUGAACAUCUCCAGAGAGAUGCUGCAGCAGAGCAAGAUCCUGAAAGUCAUCCGCAAGAACCUGGUCAAGAAGUGCCUGGAGCUCUUCACCGAGCUCGCCGAGGACAAGGACAACUACAAAAAGUACUACGAGCAGUUCUCCAAGAACAUCAAGCUUGGCAUCCACGAGGACUCUCAGAACAGGAAGAAACUGUCCGAACUGCUGCGCUACUACACCUCCGUCUCUGGAGAUGAGGUGGUGUCCCUGAAAGAUUAUGUCUCACGCAUGAAGGACAACCAGAAACACAUCUACUACAUCACAGGCGAGACCAAGGACCAGGUGGCUAACUCUGCCUUCGUGGAGCGCCUUCGCAAAGCCGGUCUUGAGGUCAUUUACAUGAUCGAGCCCAUUGAUGAGUACUGUGUCCAGCAGCUGAAGGAGUAUGAUGGCAAGAACCUGGUGUCAGUUACCAAGGAAGGCCUGGAGCUGCCUGAGGAUGAGGAAGACUUGAAGAAGCAGGAGGAGCUCAAAAAUAAAUUCGAAAGCCUUUGCAAGAUCAUGAAGGACAUCCUUGACAAGAAGAUUGAAAAGGUUACAGUCUCCAACCGCCUGGUCUCUUCCCCCUGCUGCAUCGUCACCAGCACCUAUGGCUGGACAGCCAACAUGGAGAGGAUCAUGAAGUCUCAGGCCCUGAGAGAUAACUCCACCAUGGGCUACAUGACAGCUAAGAAGCACCUUGAGAUUAAUCCCCAGCAUCCAAUCAUUGAGACCUUGAGGGUGAAGGCAGAGGCUGACAAGAAUGAUAAGGCUGUGAAGGAUCUGGUUAUCCUCCUGUUCGAGACUGCCCUGCUGUCUUCAGGAUUCACACUGGAGGACCCACAGACACACGCAAACCGCAUCUACAGAAUGAUCAAGCUUGGUCUUGGCAUUGAUGAUGAUGAUUCUGCAGUUGAGGACCUCAUUCAGCCUGCCGAUGAAGACAUGCCAGUCUUGGAAGGAGAUGAUGACACAUCAAGAAUGGAGGAAGUUGACUAAAAAACAAUGUCCAGCUUUCUUAAUGUUUAUUUUUGUAAUUAUGUUGCUUUUUCGAAUAGACAUUUCACUUUAAUACAACUCUCAUUUCAUAAACAGCAUUAACUGGUCAACACAAGUUAAUUAAUGGACUUAAUGUAGGCCACAGUGUGGCUUAGUCUACAUUGCAAAAGCUGCUUAAACAAAACUACUGACAACCAUUAAGAGUGAUAUACAGUCACUGGGAGUUUGACUUAUGUCUCUUUUUGUAACUAUUACAUUUUUUAUGAAAUGCAUUCAAAUUUGUAAUAAAAAAAUAUUUAGAAAUAA